AUGCGCAUGGAUCCUGCGGCUGGUGUUUUCUCCCCAUUUCACGAGUUGGAGGGGAAAAACGGCCUGCUGGAGAAUGCGGUUAAGUUGGGGACGAGUGAACACAGCCACGAUGCCCAAGCCACCGCCUCCACUCCCACCGUAGGGCUGCGUGAGACUGGGAGGAAAAAAAACAAAGCGAGAGACGAAGAUGCGUUUCGCCGUGGGACUCCUUGCGGGGGAUGUGGAAUGAAUUACACAACAUCGACAGUGCCAACGGGAGGGAUGUACUUGUGUGUGGAGUGCGCCGCACAACUGGAGUCGAGGCCCAAAGGUUAUCGAUUCCCCCCUAAUACACUGAAAUGCUGCCCGGCUAGUGUAGCAGAAGGAGAGGAUUCCGUCGUGCGUUGUUGCGCGUGCCGCAGUUGGUAUCACUGUGCAUGUCUGGAUAUCCAUGACAGGGCGCUGAAGGAGUACUUGACGUUAUCCACGACAAAAUGGUACUGUCUGGAGCCUUCUUGCUGUGAGAAGGUUCUUCAGGAGAAGCUCAAGAAGAGGCGGUAA